AUGGAAUUCUACUGGCUGGUGGUGAGUAGUCUGCUGCUGCUAGUAGUAACCGAAACAGAGGUCUCAGGUGCAUACUUCGACGCGGCGAGUACGUACUGUGCCAUCCCGCUAGACGUGGUGGAUGGAAAGAAUGUCGUCCCGGCGGAUUUGCAAGCCACCUGCAACCGAAAGCGGCAGGAAGGUGAGGAAAAUAUCAAACAAGCGGUUGAAGCUAUCCGUGCCCACAUUAUGAAGCAGGCAGCUGCAACGGAUCCGAUAUGGGACGAGGUGAAAAAGUUCACCGCCAACAUACCAAAUCUGCUAAAGACGUCCAAGCUGAAGGAUAGUCAACAGGAGAUGGAUGAGUUGCGUACACGUGUGCUAGUGGCAGCGAUAGAGGCGGGCCGUACAUCGGAAGCUCUUACGCAGUAUCUCAUUCUCGGUGCGUGGGAUCAGUGGCAAACUAUAGUGGAUCGGAUCUAUCAAAAUAAGCGCCGUCACCCAAAACAUAUCGAGAAUCUUCUCAGUUUCAUUCGGACACUUCCCGCGAGAGAGGAACGUCUCGAGUUUUAUCACUACCUAAAGAAGCACAUGGUCGAGAAGAAGGACUACGGGUCGUACCUGGGUGCGAUGUUUGCGCAAGAUGCCAGCCAUGUGGUGUUCGAUGCGGACGGUAAAACACCUCUGAACGAGAACGAUGUAGCGGCACUGUACACCACAAUGAUCGACGGUGCGGCGGAACACUUCCGUACAGCGCUAUUGACCGGUGCCGAACGGUUAGAUCUCUUCGAGCUGGAACGUUACUAUCCCAAUUUGUUUGAUUUUAUGUUCGAGCCGAUCUUCAACGUGACGGCGCAAGAAAUGCGCAAAUUUAACUCGUGGAGGAUGAUGGAGGCACUGUGCACGAUGGAGCGUCCGAUGGUGAAGGCUCGCAUGUUUCAGAAAACUAUAAACCUUUUGGUAAAACACUUCCAAUGGGUGAAAGAGAACGAAUUUUAUGCACCGAUGCUGGCCGGGUACUUUGAGGCUUGUGUGCCACAUAUCCUAAAAGUACCGGCCACCAAAAACAUAGUCACCGACGUGCAAAACACAUUCAGCAAGUUUGGCAAGAAUAUGAACUACCAAAAAUUCACGAAAGUUAUUGGUAAGAAUGUGUAUGCCUAUGCGGGAUAG